UCGGAUGGCUUUAAUUGGAAUUGUACCAAGUGGAUGUUUAAUUUUACAUCUUUCGACUUUAUAUGAUGGGGAGAGUUCAGCAAAUUUUUAAUUUUCCUGUUCUGCUAAAUUCUCACAUCUUACAUAAGGAUACUGGGAAGAAUGAAUUCUUUAUCCUUUUUGACUUUUCUACAGUCUGAUCUAAUCUUCUGAAUUUUAGCUGUUUCAUAUAGGAAUUCUCUGAAGAAGAUGAGAUGAGUAUUUGUAUUAAAAGUGAAUGGAAGAGGGAUGCAAGAUAAAUGGGGUUUUCAAAGUUUGUCAUCCAUUAAUUUAUCUACACUGUAAGCUGAUUCAAUCUUGCUGUUCUGUUGAAUGUGAGAUAUUUAUAUAGAGAUUUUGUGAAGAUAGGAGUCAGCGUGUUAAAAUGAACGGAAGAGAGGUAUCGGACAAUGAUAAUUCAGAUAGUGGCUCAGGGGAGCUGGAGAGAGCCCACUACGGCGGGUGGAUUUAUCAUCUGGGUACAAAUAGUUUUGGGCAUCAGUUCUGCCAUCUUCGUUAUUUGCUGAUCAAGGGCAAGUAUGUGGAAAUGUACAAGCGUAGUCCUGGUAAUCAUCAGGGACAGCAGCCCAUACGGAGAGGAGUCGCUAGUCAGUAUAUGAUGCUGGAAGAUAUGGGUCUCAGGAAGGUUAAUCAUGGGGAUUUUUACGUGUUGAGAAUAUACAGCCGCCUGGAUGACAGCAAGAAGGGUGAAAUUGCAUGUCGCACAGCAGGCGAAAUAAAAACAUGGAUGGAAGCUUUUGAGCAUGCUAAGCAAGAGGCUGCAUUUGAUUUGGGAAAGUCUAGCACCCGCAAAAUAUUGAAUAAUGAAGACGAGUUCACACUUGAUGGUCAUCGUCCCCGUAUCAGGCGUUAUGCCCAUGGAGUAAGAAAGCUUAUUACUAUUGGAAAAGGUCCAGAGACACUCCUUAGGCAAUCAUCUGACCUCGAUAGGGCUUCAAAUAAAAAAAUGUACUUGGAUGAGAAUAAAGGAGAUGCGGUAGAUCCUCACAAAUGGAAGUGCAUUCAUACUGUUAAUGGUAUACGCAUUUUUGAGGAUGUUGCUGAUGACAAGGGGGAUAAACUUCUUCUUAUGAAAUCUGUUGGUGUUGUGGAUGCUAGUCCAGAUGCAGUGUUUGAGAUGGUCAUCAGUCUUGACAAGUCAAAAAGAUAUGAAUGGGACAUGUUGACUAGUGACCUGGAGUUGGUUGAGCGCCUAGAUGGACACAAUGACAUAGUUUAUGGAACAUAUGACCCAAAAUAUUUAAGCAAGUGGCACUCAAAAAGAGAUUUUUUGUUUUCUCGGCAGUGGCUCCGUGAACAAGAUGGAACAUAUAUUAUCUUGCAAAAUUCAACUACACACAAGAAAUUUCCCCAAAAGUCUGGUAUUAGCCGAAUGAAGCUAAAUUCAACUGUUUGGGAAAUCACAAAUGCAAGUGCAAGACAAAAUAAAGGAGGUCUGAAAUCUGUUGUGAGUCAAACAAUGGAAUUAAGUUCCACAGGCUGGGGACAUUGGAGGAAGAGAUAUUAUGCCAAAUUUGAAAAAACUAUUCCAUAUGUCUUGCUAUGUCAAGUAGCAGGUUUGAGAGAGUACUUUGGAGCAAAUCCUGGUCUCAGUCUUGAGGCAUUACCUGUAACAGCCAAAAAGAAAGCUCAAGGGGAUUCAGACAUCAAGGUUGAACUUCCUGAAUUUGAAACGGAAGAAGAGUUUUAUGAUGCAAUUGCUGCUCAGGGUCCUAUGGAGGGGGAAGAUAGCGAUGAGGAUGAGGAUGAACAAUCUCCUGAGAAGGCUGGUGUGCAUAAGUUGAAGAACAUUUCAUGGGCUGUACUUGGCAUGUCAUUGAUGGGUCCCCCAGGUCGUGAGUCAAAUACAGAACUAAUGUUAAGCGUUCCUGCAAUUGAAGUAGAUGUAAAUCAAUUUAGAGGCUCCUUAAAACCUGGAAAGGAUGGAACUCAUUCAAACUGCUGGGCUGAACCUGGUGGAAGCAGCUUCAUGGUUAGGAGCAAAACUUAUUUAAAGGAUUAUUCAAAGGUCCCAGGAGGAGAUCCUCUUUUGAAGCUCUUGGCAGUUGAUUGGUUCAAGUCAGAAGAUAAGAUUGAUAAAGUAGCAAUGCAUCCCAGAUGUGUUGUUCAGGGAGAAGCCUGCAAGAAGUUACCCUUCAUUCUUGUCAUAAAUUUACAGGUACCAGCCAAACCGAACUAUAGCAUGGUCUUCUACUUUGGAGCAAAUAGGCCAAUCAGAAAAGGAUCUUUGUUGGACAAAUUUGCAAAUGGCAGUGACAUGUUUCGAGAUGAACACUUUAAACUUAUCCCAAGUAUUGCAGAGGGAUAUUGGAUGGUAAAACGUGCUGUUGGAACAAAAGCUUGCCUUUUGGGAAGGGCAGUGACUUGUAAUUACCUUCGACAAGAUAAUUUUUUAGAGAUUGAUGUUGAUAUUGGUUCUUCAUCAGUUGCAAGAGGCAUUAUUGGGCUUGUAUUGGGAUAUGUAACAAGCAUUGUUAUUGAUCUUGCGAUUCUAAUAGAGGGCAAGGAAGAGCAUGAAUUGCCUGAAUAUUUGCUUGGAACGGUUAGGCUAAAUCGUGUAAGGCCUGAUUCUGCUAUAACAUUUUGGGGCCAUGCAUGAAGGGAUCCUUGAUUCUAGUGUUGAUGCUUAUCUCUAACUCAAGUACAAUGAGGGCUAGUAAAGAGAUUGUAAGCUGAUGCAGUCGUCGCAUGCACUAAAACAUGUGUAGAAAGAGUUUUCUUUAUCUUAUUCCAUAUGCUUACUUAUAUAACUACCAUUGUAUCGCAUCCUGUUUUUUGUCUUGGUGAGAAAGGGUUGUAAAUUAUGCCGAAUUCAAAUAACAAAGAAAGGUUUCGAGUAAUCAUUAGACCAUCAGAGACUUGAUCUAAUCCCAUGCAGAACAUUGGGAGAAGAAUUAAAUCAUCCAACUGAACAGUUCUUUUUUUCUUUAUUAACAUUUGUCUCCUUACAAAUAUUUUUAAUAUCUAUUAUGGGCCUUAAAGAGAAAUUUGAAUGGUCAUAUCAACAACUGAUAUUUUUCGCAUGUGCAUAUAAGGCCCUAAAACAUGGCCAUACUAUUCCACGUUGAUAUUGUAACUCAAUUUUCAUAUCUAAAGUUGAAAAUAUGGAUUCUAAAAUAGACA